AAAUUGCGUGCGAAAAUUUUGUGUGCGUCCAAUAAUCAACAUGGCGGACAUUGGGACGGCGAAAUCAGCAGUAGAUGAAGAAAAUGGAAGUGGGGAUAAAUCUAACGUCAAAGACAUAAACAUAGAAGAUGACAGUGCUGGAAAAUCUUUCGAGGAUGGUGAUGGUGCAGACAUGGAGGCCACAUUAGAUACAGAGGAGGAAUUUGGAGGCGAUCCUUUGAGCGAUGCACAAGUGUUAAAACUGCAGUCUCCAUCGGAUGAUUCCAUUGCAACCAUGGGGGUGGAACAGCCUCAGGAGCAGAGAGGGGUGACAGAGGCCACAGCAGAUCAGGCAAUGGAGCCUGACAACUAUGACGACAUAGCCAAACAUAAUAUCAUUCAAGUUGGAGGAGACGACAAAGCAGGAAGAAAGUUGAUCUUUGUCUACUGCAGCAGAUUUCCUCCCAGUAAAUCAUACAACCAGAUGAGAUUGCUAGGAUACAUGAAGGAUACCUUAAACAAGUACGUAGAGAAUGACUACAGUUUAGUGAUCUUCCAGUAUGGCUUGACAAGACAAAACAGACCCUCCUGGAAGUUCCUAGUCGAGGCAUAUAAAAAUUUGGAGAGAAACCUGGACGAUGCAAGAUAUAAGAAGAACUUGAAGGCAUUGUACAUUGUGCAUCCAUCUCAGAUCGUCAAGAUGAUCUGGGGUAUUUUCCGUCACAUCGUCAGUGUUAAAUUUAGUCGCAAAGUGACGUACAUCCACUUCCUGUCAGAGCUCGGGGAAACGAUCGAUAUGAAGAAAGUUGAGAUUCCUGCGGUUAUCAAGAGUCAUGAUGAUCAGUUACAAGCACAGUAUAAAGCUAAACACACCAAUACCCCAAGAUAUGCAACCAACACAGAUGGUCAAGUACAGACCAAACAGACACUGCCAACUCAGCAGUUUGGAGUUUCAUUACAGUAUCUGAGAGAGAACGGAGAUCAAGAACCUAUACCCAAAGUUGUCAGAGAAACAGUUGAAUACCUGAAGAGAAAUGGUUUAAGAACAGAAGGACUAUUCAGACGAUGCCCUAAUGCAAUAACUGUCAAGAGAGUACAAGAAAUGUACAAUAGAGGUGACCCGGUCAACUUCACUGAUGUAGGAGACGUCCACGUUCCAGCCCUUCUCCUCAAAGCAUUCUUUAGAGAGCUUCCUGAACCAAUCAUGACCUUUGACCUUUACGAUGAUAUCCUCAAAAUUCAUAAUUUACAAGACAACACAGACAGAGCAGAAGAAUGUAAGACGCUAAUCCAUGAGAGACUUCCGGAGCAAAAUAGACUUAUCUUUACCUACCUUAUGAAACUACUCAGAGAGGUAUCCUGCCAUAGCAGUGAAAACCAAAUGUCCGACUCCAACCUUGCAAUCGUGUUUGGACCCAACUUGGUGUGGUCGAAAGACGCCUCCGCAUCCCUCUCUGCCAUGGCUCAGAUCAACUCCUUCAUUGCUACGGUACUCUUCAACUAUGAACACAUCUUCCCAAGCAAUGCCGAGGCGGCCAUGUCGGAAAGGACGGAUGGGGACGGAGCGAACGAGAAAGAACUCGCGUCGAAAGAAGACAAGACGGCAGAGGAAUGACUCCCUCGAUGUAUCCCGACCUUAGAUAUAUAGUAUAUACAGUUCAAGAUGACAUAUAUUUAUUUAUAGAUAUAUAGACCUACUGGGUAGUUCUAUAAAGUAUUACAUAUGUAUGACCCUCAUACCUUCCAAGUGUUUCUAUGAAUAAGAAAGUUCCUAAUUUGGGGAAAGGAACAUUCCCAUUUUCACCUGUGUUUCCAUUUCUGGAAACUUUGUAAUCUGUUCCUAUUCCUUGGAUGUCAGGGUUGGUAGGUAUGGGCCCCCUAUUUGUGGGCUCUACCUUUGCAGCAAGUUUCCUGACAUAGCAGUGAAAACCAAAAUGAUGUACCUUUGUUUAUAUUAGUGGUUGUAAUGCUUUCAAGCUAUCAUGGGACUAGUGAUUCUUUGAGUGAAGUAAGAAUAGUGAAAGGUUUGGGUCGGAGUACAAAAAUGUUUUAUAGGAUUGCCCUACUGUAACAAUUGUACAAGGUGUUGAAAAAUAUUUGUUUUAUUCAAUAUAAUUUAAUUGUAGGCAAAGCCAAGAUGAGUUUUUUUUAUUUGUAGUUAUUUUACCUUCCAUUUUGGGUAGCUGAUUGCAACCUUGCGUGUACUCCUUAAGUCGCAUUUGAAUGAUGUUGAAAUGCCCCUGCUUUGUAGCCAUGCCUCUGAGCAGAGAUUUCUUUUCAGCCUGUCUCACAAUUCAAAAUUGGAGUACAGCUAUGUAGAAGUCUUUGAUUGGGCUGCAUAUUCUUGUAUUCUAUGUACAUGUUCAUUUUUCUUGCGGAACUGUGUUUAUUUACUUUGUUUAUUUGUAUGUCCAUGAGAGUGCAUUCCUUCUUUCAUUCCAUUCAUCAGAGAUUAGAUUGUCAUCAUCACAUCCUUUCAUGGUAACCAAUUUAAAGGGGAAGUUCACCCCUACAAAAUUUUAUUGUAAGAAUAGCAGAAAAAAUAAAAAUAUUGCCGAAAGGUG